GGUGUAGGCUGUUGGAGGCUGGUAGCAGCCUCUAAUGUUAAAGGCAGGGAAAAAAGUGCCCGUAUCAAACGCGGAAAGGGGAAGAAAACAGUCAGGACCAAACUGUACAUUUUACCUUCAACGAUAAAUACCUUCAGACACAGUCGCGGGAAAAUACUUCAAAGACACUAUCACCAUGCCAAAAAAGAAAGACAUUGUUAGAGGUGCUCCUGUAUCUCGAAUCCGAGAAAACUCAAGACUCAUGCACACUCAUGAAACUAUGGUGGAUUUCAUCAAUGGACGCCAUCCUGGAGACUCAAUUUUAGAUGUUCUCGCCUCUGGCUUAUUAGGUUUAGAUUUUUUAAGGACGUUUGAGGGAGAUUUGGACGAUGACAUCAUAUAUACUGAUGAUGACGAUGAUGAAGAUGAUGAUCGCUUUUAUACACCCACUGUUUCACACAGAUCUUUAGAACCACAUCCACGAAUUAAGCAACUCAGUGAAGAGGAGGCUGAUAAACAUGCAAAGGAAUUGUUAGAAGACGAGGAAAAGCGUAAGGAAAAAACUGAGAGGAACAAGCGUAAGAAAUUGCGUAAAAAACAAAAGAAACGGUUAGAAAAGGAAAAUGCAGUUAAAGACAAUUUACCUGAGGAAGAACAAGGGAAGUCAGACUCCUCAGAAAAUCCGAAAGACAAUCCUGUUUAUGAAAAUAAUGCAGAAGCAAGAGAAUCUCCUGAACCUGAUGCGACACACAAUGGCACUGUGGCGGCUGGAUAUGAAGAGAACAGUUGUAAUAAUGAAGAGGAAAAUCUCGAGGAGACGAUUACAAAAGAAGAAAAAAAGCAAAUGGAUUUCAAUAUAAAUAAUUCCCACGCUUCUACGACAAAAUCGGCGCCCGAGGUAUUGUGUAAUGAGAGGCCUGCCAGAGAGAGAAAAAAGAAAAACACUAAAUUACCUGAAGUUCAGCCAUCUGAGGAGGAACAAACUAAAAUGGUGGCACAACCUGAAGUUCAAGAGGAGGAGGAGAAAUAUGAACCACAUACAGAGAAACAAAUGGAUCCUAUUGCAGAAGAGUUAGCAAAAAGGAGCAGAGAGCUUGCUGGUAUGGGAAAUCGUAUGGCUGCCUCCAGUCAGUACGAGAUGGCCGUGAAAUGCUUUACAGAUGCCAUUAAAUACAACCCAAAGGAAUUUAAGUAAG